AAUCCCAAUAAGAACUUACAGAAUUCCAUGCUUUACUGUAUGGAAAGCAUCUAAACCAUCACCUACCACUGACAACUCCAUCCCUUCUUAUUAUCCCCCACCACUAAGAAUUCCAUGUCCCUAUACUCUCUACAACAAGCUGCAGAAGGCAUUCCUUCUCAUUCUUGGGUUUGGGUUUUUAGCAACCCUCAGGGCUGGUGUAAGAAAGCUCCUUCCCAGCUUAGAUUCGCAGUCACAUUUUACUCCACACAGGAAAACCAGAUAGAAAAUAACUCAUUUGGGCUAUAAAACUGGUUUUUCUGAGAAUUGGGUUGAUCUGGGUUUACUACAUGGGGUCAACUUGAUUAAUAUUUCUUGGAUUUUCUUAGGCCAGAGAUCUGAGAUUGUGGGUUUCGGUUUUUUUUCUCUGGGAACAAGGAAUGGUGAAAGGGUUUCUAAGAUCUGGACUUUGAGCGUUGCCUUUGGGAAUCUCAUCAUACGAAGCAGCUGGAUAUCCGAAAAGAUGGCCUCGGAUCUUAAUGCAGAAUUGUCGAAGAAAACUGCCAUUUUUGGUCUUAAGGUCUGGGAAGUAAUUGGGAUUGCAGUCGGGUUCUUUAUCAUAGUUAUCCUUUUGGUGCUGUCCUUGUGUAUAACAUCACGGAAGAAAUCAAGGAGAACUGGGGACAAGAUUCCUCUUAGCCAAAUUCCGACUGUUUCAAAGGAAAUCAAGGAAGUCCGAGUGGAACAAGUUUCAACAAAUGAAUUUGUUCCCCGUGAUGGAAUUCUUCUCACCAUUCAUGACAAAUCCAGUGAUAAAGAUUCAGAUAAGGUUAUGGUCCAUCUGGGUAUGGGGAAGGUGAAGAAUGGAGACAAUAGCAGUCAGUCAGGUUCGUUUCAUCAUUUGGAGAAAGAUGGUGGCGGGUCACAAUCUGGAGAAGAAGGUAGUUCUGGCAAGGUUACUGUGUAUAAGCCUUCCUCUUCCUAUCCUAUAACUGCUCCCUCCCCUCUAUCUGGCCUGCCUGAAUUCUCUCACCUGGGUUGGGGUCACUGGUUUACAUUAAGGGAUCUUGAGCUUGCUACAAACCGGUUUUCUAAGGAAAAUGUUCUGGGUGAGGGUGGUUAUGGAGUCGUUUACCAAGGACAGUUGAUAAAUGGCACUCCAGUGGCAGUUAAAAAGAUUCUAAAUAACCUGGGUCAAGCGGAGAAAGAAUUUAGAGUGGAAGUUGAAGCUAUUGGUCAUGUGCGCCAUAAGAAUUUGGUCCGUCUUCUGGGAUACUGCAUUGAAGGGACUCACAGAAUGUUAGUUUAUGAGUAUGUCAACAAUGGAAACUUAGAGCAGUGGCUUCAUGGAGCUAUGCGUCAGCAUGGAUAUCUUACUUGGGAGGCACGCACGAAGGUUCUUCUUGGCACGGCUAAAGCUCUUGCCUACUUGCAUGAAGCCAUUGAGCCAAAAGUGGUGCAUCGAGAUAUUAAGUCAAGCAACAUACUGAUUGAUGAUGACUUCAAUGCAAAGGUAUCUGAUUUUGGUCUAGCCAAGUUGCUUGGUGCUGGAAAGAGUCAUGUCACUACUCGAGUUAUGGGAACUUUUGGUUAUGUUGCUCCUGAAUAUGCAAAUACUGGCCUUUUGAAUGAGAAGAGUGAUGUUUAUAGCUUUGGGGUUCUGCUUUUAGAAGCAAUUACCGGAAGAGAUCCUGUGGAUUACGGUCGUCCCACCCAUGAGGUAAAUCUGGUCGAUUGGCUGAAAAUGAUGGUUGGAAGCAGGCGAUCAGAAGAGGUGGUAGACCCAAACAUGGAACCAAGGCCAUCAACCAGAGCCCUGAAACGUGCUCUUUUGACUGCUUUGAGGUGUGUUGAUCCAGAGUCUGAAAAACGACCCAAGAUGAGCCAGGUUGUUCGUAUGCUUGAAUCCGAAGAAUAUCCCAUCCCAAGAGAGGAUCGAAGGCACCGAAGAACUCAGGCAGGCAGCAUGGAGAUCGAAUCUCAGAAGGAUUUUUCUGAUACUGAUCGGAGUGAUAACCCCGACUCAAGAUCAAAUAGCAAGGGCUACCAGCGUACCUAACCAAACAAGCGAUUCGUUUUGAGGAUCAAAGGGAUCAUAUAAAGUGAGGGUAACACUCACAAUUUUUCCAACUCAUUGAAUUCUUGGGGUUGCCUAUCUGAGCAUGGGGGAGGGGUCGGAGUUGUGGAUGAGCAAGAUGAUCUUUCAUUCUUCAUUUUUAUCUCUACUUUUUU